GAAGAAGAAGAAGAAGAACAUAAACAGUCUACAUAUAAUCUGCUGCAUCACUAGAGAAAAGGGAGGGAACGGCCAGGCAUUACGGCCUUUUCGUUUUUGUGUGUCUAGUGUUGAACCUCGCUUGGUGUAAACUUAAGUUUUGUAGAAAACUUGAUAUUUACAUAGUUCGCCAUGUCCAAGGAGAUCGAAGGAACAAGGCCUGCCGUCGAGGAGGCAACCCACGAGGAACAGCAGGUUAGAUUUUAAUUAUUUUGAUGCUAACAAGCUAGGGUAAUGCUACACUGCGAGUAGCUUACUAGCCAUGAUGAUUAUGUCAAAUCUGGCUGUCAAAUCAGCAGUUUAGAUGGUUAGCUAGCUAACGUUAGUGACUUAGUUUAUUUCAAUGUGCAUGUGUUUAUAUCAUCAAUGUGCAUUGAACUGUGUACAUAACCAUUAUUUUAACUAUCAAAGAUGAGUGGUUAGCUAGCUAAUUAGGAACACCGUGAUAGCUUUCUCAAUUUACGGGUAGCUAACAUUUUGUCUGCCUGCGUUUAUGCAUGCCGUAAAGCUUUUUUUGGCCACAUUGCUGCUAAACAGAAGGCUUUGUUGCCAGCUUGUAACCUAACCCCACUUACUGGAUAAUCAAAUCAAAGGACAUUCCUCUGAUAGAAUCAUAACUAAUUAAAAAACCCUAUUUCUUGAGCUGCAUUGUUGGUUAAGGGCUUGUAAGUAAGCAUUCACGGUAGGGUCAACUACACCUGCUGUAUUCGGCACAUGUGACAAAUACAAUUUGAUUUGAACUAGUAACUAAACUAAUCGUGACUUGUCAACCCCGAGAUUGACAAAACACCUUUUUGUUGCUGCCUGAACUGUGACAUUAACAUGACAUUACAUCAUAACAUGUCACCCCCAACCCCAUUCAUUAUUUGUGUUUUUAUACUGCGUAUUGUGUGUUCUUCUGUCCACUCAGGAGAUGGAUGACACAGUCCUCAGCCCAGAGAAGGCAGAGGAGGUGAAACUAAAGGCCAGGUUCCCUCAUCUUGGAACCAAGCCUGGGGGCUCUGACCUGCUCCGGAAACGGCUUCAGAAAGGGGUAAUAUGGCCCUUUGGUUGUGCCCUACAUACACAACACUUUGGUAGCUGUAGAUCAGGGUUCUUCAAUUCUGGUCCUGGAGGGCCAAAACACCUCUGUUUUUCAUCCUCUCCUUCUAAUCAGGGGCUAAUUCAGACCUGGGACACCAGGUGAGUGCAAUUAACUACCAGGUAGAAAUAAAAAAACAGAAGUGUUUCGGCCCUCCAGGACCGGAAUUGAAGAACCCUGCUAUAGAUGCUUCUAGUUAGGCCGAAACAUGCAAACUAGGUUAUUUACACUUUACUUUCACAGCAAUGCGUUUUUGUUAUGGAAUCAUUGUCAUGCUUUUUAUAAACACUCAUUUUCUUUGAAAGAGUCAAACAAACACAGACUUCUUUGAACACAAAACAACAUCUUUGUAAAGGCUGUGAUUUUUUUUAAAUUUAAAUUUUUUCUCUCUGCAGCAAAAGUUCUUUGACUCUGGGGACUACAACAUGGCCAAGGCUAAGGUGAAGAACAAGCAGCAGCUCCCUGCGGUGACGCCGGCUGAGAAGGCAGAGAUAACCGGGGACCACAUCCCCACACCUCAGGACAUCCCCCAGAGGAAGCCCUCCAUCGUGGCCAGCAAACUGGCUGGCUGAGGGGCUGACGAAACUAGGGAAGCUUUGGAACUUUUACCUGUUCUGUUCUGGUGUUAACCAUUUCAUUGCUCUCUCCUCUCUUUUCUCUCGAGCCGGCCGCAAUUCGUUUCCUACUACCCUUACCCCUUGGCCCUAACCCUUCUAUCUUUGUUAUAUCUUGCCAGCGCUUCCACCAUAGUACCUACACCUUACAGAUUUGAAUGAUUAGGGCCAAAGGAAGGGGCAGAGAGUGAAUUCAGAUCAGCGCAUGCUCGCUCCCUCAUCUCUCUUUCUUCUGCACCCCUUUCUCCCAUCACCACCUUCUUCUCUAUAUGAAUUCUGAAAAAUAAUAUUUUUGAGAAUCGAGCAGAAAGACUCCUGAGAAAUAUUGCUGCCGGAGGAUGACUGUCUUCGGUUAGUGACUGAAAUUAUUGGUAAAAAAAAAAAAAAAAGAGACAAAUGUUUGCCAAGUCUACUUCAAAGGGGCCUGUAUAUCUACUGUAGUGACAGAUGGAAACUGUACGUAGCCUAUCACCAUGUAUGGGAGAGGCCAGUUCAAUGUCUUAAACAUGUUUUACCUUUUUAUAGCUUCCAUUGACAUUUAAAUUAUGAGGUAAUAUUCUAGAAUCCUUGAUCACGCCUAGAAUCCCCUCCUAGUCUGGUCCCAGAUCUAUUUCUGCUGUCUGGCCAACUUCUUGACCUACGGUCGUUGUCUAGACAACACAAACCGAUCUGGGACGAUCAGGCCUAAUUGCCCUCCUUCUCCACUGUCCAAAGCUAUGUUCUUUGUUUUGAUGCAUUGAUUGAAAAUAGCCCGUAUCACACAGAUGUCGUGUAUAUUAUCGAUCUCAUCUAAACCUCUUAAAUGGCCUUUUUAACAGUUAUGAGCCACUGUUUUCUCUUGGGCAAUAUUUGCUCGCUCACUCCAGUGAGAGAAUCUUUGCUUGUCUGAAAUGGCUUUCUAGAUAGAGUACUACGUUUUUGAGGCUCUGGUCAAAAGUAGGACGCCAUUCUGAUGACACAGCCUCUGUGAAUCAAGCCUAGGAACGCCUGCCUGCCACUAUCUGAGACUCAGGUAAUUUAGGUCUAGUAGUCAAGGAACUCACUUAAAUGGAAUGUCGGUCUGAAGGGUGUGCAUGUGCAUUGACUGGGUGUAGUCACAUUGUGCCAUUUGUAAAUAAAAUAGUUUUGCACAAUA